UUGUCCGGGUUUCAGCCGCGGACGCCGUGGAUUAUUGAAACAGAGCGGUUUUCUGUGGAAAUUCGAGUUAACAUAAUAUUUUUUGGGAGCAAUCGAUAACUACGACUGAGACAGGAUAAGUAAAGGAUACUCAUAUCCCAUUCUCUCUGUGCGGUGCUUUUGAGGGGGACUUUUCCAGGAAUUACACAGCUCCAUCGAAAUAGUGAGCGCCGAGGGUGUACGGACUACCAGCAUCUGGAUUGACAUCAGCGGAGGUGUUCUGCAGCACACCCCAAGGAGUAAGGUUAUGACGGAUCUGAGCUGAAGAUGGAGCUUUUCUGGAUUUUAUUAUUUUCUGUCAUCCACCCGUAUGCGCGAGGGCAAGGAGUUUACGCCCCUGCCAAUGCCCAGAUCGUACACUCGGGUCAGGCCUGUGUGGUGAAGGAGGACAACAUCAGCGAGAGGAUCUACACUAUCCGCGAGGGGGACACGCUGGUGCUGCAGUGUCUAGUUAAAGGACACCCACGACCACAGGUGCGAUGGACCAAGACGGCGGGCAGUGCCUCGGACAAGUUCCAGGAGACGUCCAUCUUCAAUGAGACGCUGCGGAUCGAGCGGAUCCAGAGGGUGCAGGGCGGCCGCUACUACUGCAAGGCUGAAAACGGGGUGGGGGUGGCUGCCAUCAAGUCCAUCCGGGUAGACGUGCAGUACCUGGACAAGCCCCUGCUCACCGUACACCAGACUCUCAGUGACGUACGCGGGACCUACUACCAGGAGAAGACCGUGUUUCUGCGCUGCACCGUCAACUCCAAUCCACCGGUGAGGUUCAUCUGGAAACGAGGGAACCAGCCCAUCGAGCUGAACAAGGACAAUGGGGUGGACAUAUAUGAACCUCUCUACACACAGGGAGAGACGAAGGUACUGAAGCUGAAAAACUUGCGGCCGCAGGACUUUGCCAACUACACCUGCCAAGUGUCUGUUCGCAACGUGUGUGACAUCCCUGAUAGUUCCGUUACCUUCCAGCUCACCAACGCCACCUGCCCUCCUGCCCUACGUCUGUCUGUGAACGAGACCCUGGUGGUGGACCCUGGGAAAGAUGUCACCCUAUCUUGUGAGGUGACAGGCGGGAACCCCACGCCCACGGUGUCCUGGUCGCGCUACCCCAGCCCCCUGCCCCAGCGAGCUCAGAUCCGAGGGGGCUCCCUCACGCUCUUCGCGGUCACCCCCGCAGACUCGGGCUACUACAACUGCACCGCGGUCAACAGCGUGGGAAAUCCCGCCAAGCGCACUGUCAACCUCAUUGUCAGAGUCAUGAAGAACCUGACGUUCCAGAUCACCCCAGACUCCAACAAGGACAGCGAGAGCAUCCAGAUAGGCCGCGACCUCAAGCUGUCGUGCCACGUGGACGCCCAGCCACAGGACAAGGUCAACUACUCCUGGUACAAGAACGCCGUGCCCAUCGUCCCCUCCGAGAGCCUCAUCUUCCUGCGCAGCGACCCCGACAUGGCGCCGGGCACCAGCAGCCUGGAGAUCAUCGACAUGAAGUUCCGCGACCAGGCCACCUACAGCUGCGUGGCCAACUUCCCCGGGAGCAGGGUCCCGGAGCUGCGGGUUGACGUCAACAUCACGCAGAGCAGCGUCAUUCCUCCGGUGCUGACAGUGCCCGCUGGUGGAGGAGUGGUGACAGUGCGGGAGGGGAUGCCGGCGGAGCUCGUGUGCCUCGUGGACGGCAAACCUCGCCCACCUGUUCUCUGGUCCCGGGCUGACAAGGACCUGCCCAUGCCCUCGGGCGACUGGGUCGUGGAGACCAGAGAUGGGCGCCUGCGGUUGAACAACGUGACGCGGGACCUCGGCGGGACGUACCGGUGUCAGACGGCACCCUACAACGGACUGAACAUCAAAAAGCGCGAGGCCCAAGUCCAGCUCCUCGUGCAGUUCGCCCCUAUAGUGGACCCGGUUUUCCAGGAUGUGCGCUCGCCGUACUACCAGCCGGUGACCCUGCGCUGUGCGGUGCUGAAGUCCAACCCCCCGCGCAUUGCCCGAGUCUCCUGGCUGAUGAACGGGCGACCCCUCCGGUCCGACGCCCCCGACACCCAGGACGCCCCGCAGCUGCGCAUCGAGCGGCUGGGGCCCGGCAACAACGGCACCUACGAGUGCCGCAUCAGCAACGGCGUGGGCGUGUCCUCCUGCGUCUUCAACGUGUCCGGUCGACCAUACAACCCAGAGUUCUACUACGACACACCCAACCCCAUCCGCAUCCUAAAGGACAACAACUACUCCUACAAUUUGCAGUGGACUCAGAAGGAGCCUGCAGCUGUGGACCGCAUUAUUGGCUACAGAAUCAACUGCCAGUCGGCAUACACGCGGGGGAAGCAGACAGUGAUUUCAAGACAGAUCAACGUCAACGAGCCCCAGAAGGGGGUUCUGAUGUCCUACACAUUGACCGAUCUGCGCAUCCCCCUGUCCUACGAGGUGUGGCUCACCCCCAUCACCUCGUACGACCAGGGCGACACCGCCUACCGCAUCAUCCAGUACUCUGAGCCUUACACUUACCUCAGACCAUCAGACCAUGUGUGUGGCUUUGAGGACGAGAGAAUCUGUGGUUUCUCUCAGGAUCGCAGCGACGUGUUUGACUGGACUCGGCAGAACCAUCUAACCCAAAACCCUAAACGCUCUCCAAACACUGGGCCAGACACAGACAGGAGCGGCACCAAAGAAGGAUACUACAUGUACAUCGAGGCGUCACGGCCAAGGGAGCCAGGGGACAGGGCACGCCUCCUGUCCCCUCUCUACAACGUCACCGCUGCCAAGGGACCAAAGGGAUCCAGCCGUGUGCCCUACUGCAUCUCCUUCUUCUACCACAUGCGUGGGAAACACAUCGGCUCCCUGAAUGUGCUGCUAAGGGUGAAAAGCAUCGCCACAGUGGACUCCCUGGCCUGGACCCUCUCCGGAAACCAGGGCCCUGAGUGGAAGCAGGCGAGCUUCAUAGUCAACCCCAUUGGCCCUUUCCAGGUGGUGUUCGAGGGCGUGCGGGGCACAGGAUACGAGGGGGACAUUGCCAUCGAUGACGUCUCUGUCACCAAAGGAAAGUGCAAACAGGAAAACUCCGUCUCUAACACAGUGCUGGCUGGAGGGGCCCCUGCACAGCGGUCUCUUUCUCUGGAUGUCUUGCUGAUCUGCAUACUCUCCUCCCGUCUGCUGUUCUACAGAUGAUGAGCAAAUACAGCCUCCCUGCAUACAGAGGCAGGCACUGCCCAAUACGCUCUCGAGCUCUCUUUUAUCCCUGCCACCCCUUCGCCUCAUCCCUCAGUCUUAAUUUGGACAUGUGUAUUACUCCUCUCCCUGCCUCAUCCCUUUCUUUUCUGAGCUGUUUUCCCUGUUUGCAGCUCUCUUUCACAGACCCCACACGCACCCGGAACCCUUCAGUUCUUCUUCUCUGUGCCACGUCUCAUUCUCCCUGCUUUUAUAUCUUUCCAGUCGCCCGUCCCGCCCGUUCUGAUCGUUUCUGUCAGAUAGUUUCCUCGUCAUUUGUCACCCAUUGUCACUUUGCUUCCAUUCCCAGACUCCCAGGCUGUCUCCCUCUCCUUUUCCCCGCUCCCAUGUUUUCCUUCUGUGGAUCCCCUCAGUCUCGCUCACCCUCGCCCUCCAUUCACUCGCCGCAUUCCCUCGUCUGCCCCAGACACACCAAAGUGUCGAACAAUCUACCAAAGAUGCCGAAGGACCAGAGGAUAGAGGGAGAGGGGGUAGAGGAUUCCCUCAGAGUGGGACAGCGAGGAGCUGUUGGAUCAGAACUGCAGAUUGUGAUCCAGAAAAAAAAGAAAAAGAAAUGGAUUUUAAAAGGGAAGGAAGAAAUA